AUGGACUACGCUUCUAUUCCCACCCCGUCAGCAUGCUACGCCGACUUCUGCCUCAUCCCCGUCGGCACAGGCAAAGUCUCUGUUGCGGAUGAAAUCGCACAGGUGCAGCGCGUCCUCAAGGCAAGUGGGUUGAAGUACACGCUUCAUUCGGCGGGUACUACCGUUGAAGGCAGUUGGGAUGAGGUUAUGAGUGUGGUUGGCAAGGCGCAUGCGGUGGUGCAUCAGGGGGGAGUGGUGAGGGUGCAGUCGAGUAUGCGCGUGGGGAGCAGGACGGAUAAGAAGCAGACUGCUGAGGAAAAGGUUCGGAGGGUGGAGGAGUUACUGGAGAAGUGA